AUGAUUCUGCUGUAUGAGCUGCAGAAGCGUAUGGCCAAUCUGAGGCCAACCACCACAAUUGUGACCACACCCACCGGUGCCCGUUAUAUGGAGCGACGCAGAUCAUCAAGUGGCGAGGAGAAGGAAACCAAUGGCAGUCCCGUGCAGCUGGAGGCACGUCAAUAUGGCUUUGUGGUGGACACUAAACCUGAUACCGUGCCCGCCUGCAUAUUGAGUGAAUUUCUCUAUUUGGGCUCCCAGGAUGCUGUCAGUGCUGAGAAUGUCCUCAAAUAUAAAUGGACGCACAUUUUAAGUGUCGGCAUUGAAAUGCCCAGUGUUGAACUACCACCAACGGUCAAGUGCAAGCAUCUGCCUUGCUUGGAUCUACCCGAAACGGAUCUACUGCACUACGUGCUGCCCGUCGCCAUCGACUUUAUCGAGGAGGCGCACUCCGUCAAGGGCUGUGUCCUUGUCCAUUGCAAUGCGGGCGUUUCGCGUUCCGCUUCCGUUGUCAUCGGUUAUCUGAUGCAGCGGCGCGACAUGCGCUUCGAGGAGGCCUACAAUCUGGUUAAAUCGUGGCGGCCUUGCAUACAGCCCAAUGCAGGAUUCAUACAGCAAUUGAAGAAAUUUCACAAAAAAUAG